AUGUGCUACCUCGUUUGUCUGUGCGCACUUUUCGCUCCAGUUGCGCAGGCGGCGAGCAACGGCAUGGACAUGUCCAUGGACGGCGCGAUGGACCUCGCCUCGGCCAACAUGUUGACGUAUCUGCAUUUCACGCCGGGAGACAUUUUGUGGUUCCAGGGAUGGGUGCCAGGGAGCGCGGGCGCGAUGGUGGGAGCGUGUAUCGGGCUAUUCCUGCUUGCGAUGGUAGAGAGGUGGAUCGCCGCGGCGAGGGCGGUUAUGCAGGCGCAUUGGGCGCAACGGGCUCGCGUUGUCGAGCUCAAUACGGGUAGCAAUGCUAGCCUACCGACGACUAGAUCAUCCGCUGUCGAUGAGAAGAGGUCUACCUCCUCUCUCAGCGUGCCCGUCCUGCAUUCGACUCUCCCCAGAACUAUCGGCCUUCGCUCCGCUGCGCCGUUCAUCCUCAAGCACGAGCUGCCGCGUGGCAUUCUGCUGAUGGUGCAAGUCGCGCUGAACUACGCGUUCAUGCUCGCUGUGAUGACGUUCCAAUUGGGCUUCAUCUUCUCGCUUAUCGUUGGGCUCGGUGUCGGAGAGAUGCUUUUUGGGCGGUUCGCGUCCCACAUUGAGCUCGUGCAUCUGUGA